AGCAACAAAAUGAGAAAAAGGAAUAACAGCAACAACAAACAAAUGCUGCGUUAAAACAAUAUGACGUGAACGUCCCCACUCAGCUAUAUAUAUAAUGGCCACGAAAGAAGUUCUCAUGUACUUUGCUCGUCCGUUUCCAGUCACAAUAUACCUGCAGGAUGAUGGGGUUCCUGACGAGCGCUCUCUGCGCCGUCGCCUUGGCAACCGUCGCCAGUGCCGCUUCCUGCGACCGCCAAUUGCUCCCUGAACUCUCCUACACGCUAUCCGGACAAAAUUUGAAUUGGCCGUGCCAGAGCACGAGGAACAUCUACGAGUCCAGCGGUCGUUACAUUCCAAGGAAUGUCAUUGCUACCAGGACUCAGAUAUUCAAGGAUCAGGCCAUCGUAGCUAUGCCAAGGUACAAGUCCGGAGUACCGAUCACCCUGGGUAUCAUGUCCCUGAAGUCGAAGGGAUGUGGCCCCGCUGCCCUGACACCUUUCCCCUGCUGGUCACUCCAAGAGGAAGGUAACUGCAACGCUAUCCAAAGCGCUGUCGACAUCUUCCUGGACGUUCAGGACAUCCUCUGGAUAUUGGAUGCUGGUGUCGUCAACACCCUUGAGCAACCUGUGCGACGUUGCCCACCUAAGGUUGUAGCCGUGAACGUCAAGACUGGCAAGGUCGUCAAGGUCGUCGACCUCAGCAGCCUCGUCAGCUCAGCCUCCAGACUUCAGUAUCUCGUUGUGGAUUAUGCCAAUGAUGGUCAACUGUACUUGUACAUAUCAGAUGCUGCCAACAGAGGCAUUCUUGUUUAUGACGUCACGGCUGGACGCGGAUACCGUGUCGUUCUACCCAAAGCCGUCACUCUCGGCUGUCCACGUAGGGACGUCCUUUACAUUGCUCUGGUCAGGAAGCAGUGCGGUGCCUCUGUCCUCUACUUCACUUACCUCAGCUCCAGCAGACUAUUCAGUAUCAAGACUGUCAACCUCAGAAGGGGAUCUGCCAGUGGUUCCGUUGUUGAUGUUGGUCCUAAGCAAAACAAGAUUGUUCUCUUGGGUACUGACAAUGGUAGCGCCAUCUUCUUCAGGAAUAAGGGACAAUCUGAUAUUUAUAUGUGGAAUACCGAUACAUCCUUCAAAACCGACAACUUCUUGCUCGUCCAGAAGGGCAAUGAGUGCCGCCUGGCCACCCAGGUACUUCCUGGUUACAAGAGACUGAUGUGGGUAAUCGAGAGCAACUUCCAUGAUUACAUUCAGAACAAGAUCAGCUGUGCCGGAGCAUCGGUGUCCCUUCACCCCUUGGUGAAGUCCUGCGAGGAUUAAUUAGCACAGUUUAUCGAGAAACCGGCGAAUUCCUAGGCUCUUGUCAACUCUGUUUUAAUCGAAGUCCCUAGCAAUCAUAGUUAUAAACGCGUCUUGAAAGGAAAAGAAAGGCAAAAGGCAAAAAGAACUACAAUCCUAUCGAAACAUUAAUCCGCAUUAACGUUUUAAUAGCCACCAAAAUUUUAACUGCACCAGAUAUGGUACUAGUAUUAUUCAAUUUUUGCUUACUUUUCUUUCCUAAAUUUAUUCUAUUCAAAAUUUCUUUACUUUAUUAUCAAUCGUGUUAUGCCGAAUCGCGCUAUUCUAGUCAAACGACAAUUACACUUCGCCCAUUCGAAUACUGUAAUUUGUAUUUUCAAAAAUUCAUCCCUCGUGGGAAACAGAAUAACUGGACUCACCUUUACAAAUACAUAUAGGUAUACGUAUUACAUUAUAAACGAGAGAAAAAUGUCAGAUAGCGCGUUUCACGCGUUAGGAAUUCCCGAAACUGUCGAAGAUACGUUGCAUGGAAAAGUAAUAUAAGUGAAAACAGCAAGAGGAAAAGGGAAAGAUAAACUUUCCCCGAUGGACAAGUAUGACCAGUGUUCCCGAUCGAGACCGGAAGAAAAAAGAAAAUAGAAAAAUUGUAAAUUGUAGAAGAAGUAAUUGGACACACGCGCAUGUCUGUGAGAUGGCGCCACUGGGGUGCUGCAAGGUGUCUGCAAGCCCAUCCAGUAAUAAAUGCGUGAAUAAAUGAAUUCGUUAUCGAAA